AUGGCGUCCAACAUUGGCGGUGCAAGCAGCGCCAGCCCCGACGAGGUCCUCAUGAUUGUCGACAAAAUUCUGGCUCGCCGUCAAUUCUUUCGAGAAAAACAGCGCAAGUAUUGCGGCAAAAAGAAUGCUGACAGCGCGGCCAUGAAAGCGGAGCUCGUGCAGCUUGAGUCGGUCCUUGAUGAUAUUCAAGCGACCAGGCCAGUGUCGGUGGCACCGCGUGAAGCAAGCGAUGGUCCGUUGUCGUGGCAUUCCAUUGCCAUAGUGUUCAAAAGAGAAGCCCAUCGUGUCUUAACCGAUCGCCAGUCACUGGUCACUCAAACACAAGAGUAUCACUCCCUCAUGCACGCCAUGCAAUGCUUUGUCGUGAUGAACAUUCCGCCACCCAUGUCUUGUCGCAGAAAUGAGGAUGCGUGGCACAGUGCAACGUUGAUGGCCGACCCGAGGGCUCGAAACCUGGCCAAGGAGUGGCUCACACAGCAAAUGUACCACAACAUGCACGAACCGUUCGCGUUGCUUCCUGCCAUGAGCUAUGACGACGAGGAUUGUUUCCAUAUUGACGUGCGAAUGUCGGACGAUGUUGACCCGUUCAGGCGCUUGGGAACGACGCAGUGCAUGUGUCCAGGCACGGUGCACAUGUUUCGUCGACUGGUCGAGUCCAACAUACAGUCGGUGAUGUUCCUUCACCCUGACGACACGGCAAAAGAGUGCACGGGCAACACACGCCUCUUGCACACGACGACGUCCAAAGGCAUUUUCGUGAACUCGCUCCAAGGCCACUUCAUCGAAGCCGACCGGUUCAUCAUGGUCAUGCGCCAAGUUGAACACGACGAAGUCCAUGUAUGCCACCCCCAGCACAAGCAGCGGCACUUGAGGUCGUGGACCGAGGUGCGGCAGGUAUCGCCCUCGCACAUCUCAGUACGCGUGGUGAGUCAUGCGUCGCACUUGUUUCGACCUGCCACCGGGUUUUUAAGUGUGGACGAGCUUGCGGCGUUGAGGGGCAUCGACGUGACCGACGUCGACGACGGACUCAAGGAUGAGUACGUGCGGCGCCAACUCAUCCAACGCGAGUAUGCCGAGUUCUUGCCCUGGCGACAACGUUUGAUAGACUUGAUGCAUCGUCACAGAACGAAAAACUAA